AUGCUUCUUCUAGAUUACCAGAACGUCCUUCUCCAAUCGCUUCUCACUGAGCGGUUUUCUGGAGCGCCUCCAGCAUACAUCGAUCAGGUAGUCUCUGAUUUUGACGGCGUUGCAUUCCAUGUCUCUACACCCGAAUCCAAAACCAAAAUCCUCAUCUCUAUCUCUGUGAAAUGCUUUCGCGAAUUGGUACAAUAUGGUGCGCAGGAGGUCCUCGAGAGAGAAUAUGGGCCUUACAUCGUCUCCCCCGAAGCCGGAUAUGAUUUUUCCAUUCUUAUAGAUCUUGAGAAUCUUCCGUCAGAGCCUGAGGCACGGGAGGAACUAGUUAGCCGGAUUUCGCUACUAAAAAGGAAUGCCAUGGCUGCGCCGUUUGAGCGAGCAUUCACCGAAUACUCAAAUUUGGAAGCGGAGGCCGUCAAGUACACAACUGAAUCUAUACCACAGCGAGUCAAAGACGGAGGAGAUGUGAUGACGAUUCAUUACCGGGAAGAAGAGGCCAUUUUUAUCAAAGCCUACCACGAUAGUGUAGCCGUCAUUUUUAGCACGGUCUUCAGAGAUGAGACUGAUAGGAUUUUUGGAAAGGAGCUCGUUGACGUUCGAAGGAGAGCGAUAACCAAUGCCCCUCAAGUUCUAUUCCGACAUGAUCCACCUCUAGAAUUGCAAGGAAUACCUGGUCUGAAAAAUGCUCAGAAUGGUGAAAUUGGCUAUAUCACCUUCAUUCUCUAUCCUCGACAUCUCCUGCCCCAAAAGCGUGCUGAAACAAUUUCUCACAUACAAACUUUCCGGGACUACUUCCACUAUCACAUCAAAGCCUCAAAGGCAUAUAUCCACACUCGUAUGCGAAAACGGACUGCGGACUUCCUCCAAGUGCUUAACCGUGCUCGACCCGAAAAUGAAGAAAGGGAAAGGAAGACAGCGAGCGGAAGGACGUUCCGAGUUCAAGGAUAG